AUGGGUAUCCGAGGCUUGUGGACGUAUAUUCAAAGUAACAGUGAAAACUUCUCCCCGUAUGAAUUGCAUAACCAGCCUUUAGUUAUUGAUGCCGAAAACUUCGCUUCUCUCUGUUAUCGUCAAGCUGCUUUGCGAUGUGAAUAUGGAGGAGAGUAUUUAGCAUUUAAAAGUUAUGUUCAGUUAUUCCUAAAACAGUUUCGUAUCUGUCGUGUGGACCCAAUCUUCGUUUUUGAUGGAUGUCAUUCUAAAGAGGGAUCAAAAUUGGAUACUUUGUUGAAGCGAAACGUUGACCACUUUAAUAAACUGUCAUCAGCUCUUCGUGAUAUUAACUCAAUUUCUAAUCUAGAUAGCCUAGACUCGAAAAUCGAUAUAACUCCACGACUUUGUAGACAUGUUCUUGUGGAAAUUCUACGGGAAUUUUCAGUUCUAUACAUAGCAUGUGAACGUGAAGCUGAUAUCAGUAUAGCAAAACUAGCUAUUUAUCUUCAAUGUCCCGUUACUAGUGGAGAUUCUGAUUUUUUUAUUUAUCGACCAAUUGAUGACAAUCAAGUCUAUAGUUUUAUUCCACUUUCAUCUAUUCUACUUGAUUGUAAGCAGAGAUCCCUCCCUUGUUCUGUUUGUAAACUUAAUGGUGCUCCAUGCUAUUUUAUAUCGUGUACAGUUCUUAAUAAUUCAGGACCGUUUUAUAAACUCAAGUAUCCUAUGUUACCACUUUUUGCCAUCCUCGUUGGUAACGACAUAACAUCAAAUAUUCACCUUCCAGCUAUCAUCAAUUCUCUAAUCCAUACUUCUGAUCUACAGAACAAGUCCUACUAUCAAAGACGUAUCCAUGCUAUAUUUAACUGGCUCUUAAAUUUCCGUGACAUGAAACAACCAUUGUCAUUGAUUCUGUCACUUUACAGCCCAACUGAAAGGGACGGUAUUGAGGAGACAAUACGUUUGGGGACUUCGGAUUAUUUUCUGAAUAAUUCAGGCGAAAACCUGGCUUAUGCAUUAGGCUUUUCAAAUAAACACCAUGUCUCAUUAAGUGUCCCAUCAUCAAGCAAACUUGAAAAUUCAAACAUUCAAAAUCCCACAACUUCAUGGAGUUCCUGCUUUGAAGAUCCUUCCAAAUUUUAUAAACCUAUUUUGGAGCGAAGUAAUGAUAAAGAUAGUAUAUUUCACCAUUGGCCGAUAGAAUUGAUUAAACGAUUUAUAUCUUUGGAAUUAAUCCCAAGUAUUUUGGACUACAUGUAUGUGCGAAACGGCGUUGUCCCUCGUCAAGUAGUGGAGGAUAUAAAGAGUCCUUAUUCAAUUAACGAAUGUAUGUCCAGAAUGAGAAGUAUUUUAAAUGGACUCAUAUAUGGCUUUGAAAAUCACUUAGGCACCAAUAAAAAGUUAUAUGGAAUGGAGAAUGAGUGUGUCACUGAGUACAGAAGAAGGUCGAAUGGUCAAUUGACGAAGACUUUAGUUUCCGUGAAGCCUCUGAAACCCCCUUGUGCUAAAACACCUGAAUUUUCGUUCGUAUCUUUUUUCUCUCAGUCUUUUAAUGUGAAUUUAGUAAAAGAUUUCAAGCCUCUUGAAAUACAAGGUUUAGCUCUUUUAUUAGUUUUAUGGUUCAGGUCUUCAUUUCAUGCUCAGUAUGACGCUAAAAACAUUCAAACAUCACCGGUUGGACUUGCACUAUCAUGUUGUGCAAUCGCUAUCAAUUCAAAUUGUGAAUUUCUUGGUAGAAAUAAUGCUGUUGGAGAUUUUGUCAACUCUAUUUGCACACAUCUCAAUAAGUGUGCUGAUUUAGCAAAAUCAGUUUAUUGCCAAAGAAAUUCACCUUUCUUUUGUAUCGAGGAUGUUCACCAACUUAAUGAAUUGCAAUCUAUGGCAUCUGGAUUAAAUCAUUUAGUUGCACUGCUUGAGGUGCUUUGUCCGUUUUAUGUCUCAAAUAUUGAUGAAUUCGAUACUCCACAUUUUAAAAAUUCUUUCAUAAGCUUUUAUCCACUUUGGAUGUUAUUUGCCAGUGGACGUCUUAUAUACUGGAUUGGUCGACUUUUACAUAGUAUAGAUCCGUCUGAGCGUUUCCAUAAAGUCAUGAAUGUUUGGCUUCCGAAAUUGCUCAUGAAAACCAAUUUUAUCAGUCAACAACAGGACUGCGCCCAAAGCGAUUUUAUCAAACUUUUCAACCUAAUUGAUAAAUUGAACUGA